GGAAGACACUUGUGUUGGCAGUAGUAUUAGGUAGGCCACAACACUGAGGUUUGUUCAUUCAGGUGUAUUUCUUAUUAUUUUGAACAGCAGCUUGAGGCACCCAGAGUCUCACGGUGCUCUUCAGAGACACAUCGGUAGCCGUGUAAGUUUCAGCGUUCAUAUCCUGUUACAAUGAUGACAUCCACCUGUGGUGUUUGCGACUCUCCAAAGAGAGAAAGGACGGACUGUGAAAGCAGCCAGGAAAGAUCAUGACGUCUAAAGCUGAUAACCCUCCGUCGUACGAGGAUGCGCUCCACCAUCCCAACUACGGGAGCCCCCCCGACGGGCCACAGCGCCGCUCCCCUCUUCCACCACCUCCGCCUUACAGCCCUGGAGGGGGGACGUACCCUGGCCCGCCUGGCUACUGGGGUCAGGAAGGCGUCCUCCCGCAGGCGGCGGUGUGGGCGUCGCCGGGCCUCCCCUCGCCCGGGAGGCCUUCCACGGUACCCACUCUGUCUGCUGGAGUGCCCCCAUCCAACCCAGGAGACGUGGGGGAUUUUCUGAGCCCCCAGUGGGGGAGCACAUCCAUUCGGCACGCCUUCAUCAGAAAGGUUUACUUCAUUUUGACAGCGCAGCUCGCCGUCACCUUUUCAGUUGUUGGUGUCUUUACCUUCGUUGACCCAGUGAGGCAAUUCGUCAUCAGAUACCCCGGCAUCUACUGGGGAUCUUUUGUGGUUUAUUUUAUAGUUUACUGCAUUCUUGUCUGCUGCAAGGGGCCGAGGAGACGUUUCCCAUGGAAUCUUCUGCUGCUGGGAAUAUUUACCCUCGCUCUGUCUUACAUGACUGGGACUAUUUCAAGCUACUAUGAAACAAAGGCUGUGUUCCUCGCCAUGGGAAUAACUGCAUUGGUUUGCGUAGCCGUCACAGUCUUCUGCUUCCAAACCAAGGUGGACUUCACGUCAUGCGGGGGACUCCUCUGCGUUGCUUCCGUGGCGCUCAUGAUCAUCGGGGUCGUCACGGCCGUCGUCCUCUCCUUCCAAUACGUCCCUUGGCUGCACAUGCUCUACGCUGCAAUUGGAGCCAUCGUUUACACUCUGUUUUUAGUGUACAACACCCAGGUUCUUAUAGGAAAUCGGGAGCUGGCCAUCAGCCCUGAGGAGCACAUCUACGGAGCGCUCUCUCUUUACAUUGACAUUGUUCACAUCUUUCUCUUCAUCCUUCAGGUCAGUGGCGGAGCUGCUGAAUAAAGUGUUUUGACACAAUGAUGUAAACAAGUGGGUUUUUCAUUUCCAAAGCUAUUUUAACCGUUUAGGUUAAUACUUUUUUUAUGUCAGUUCCACAUGAGCACUUUUAUUCUUGUACUGUGUGGAGCAUUUUCAGUCUUUC